AUGCUACCUCUAGCUGACCCAUCAUAUUUAUCACCGAGUAAGAUCGACGUUUUACUCGGAGCUGAAGUCUACUGUGAGAUUUUAAAAGGCGACGUAAUCAAGAAUCCAACAAGAAGAUUAAUCGCACAGGACACCAUUCUUGGUUGGAUUGUUUCAGGAAAGAUGUCAGAAUCAGGCUCACCAGAAAGAGUCAUAAGUAUGCACACACAAAUCCGAGCAGAGGAUUUAUUAAAAAAGUUUUGGGAGUUGGAGCAAGAAACAGAAACCAAUCAGAAGCUAUUGACCGAAGAGGAGAAGAAAUGUGAAGAGAUCUUUGCUUCGACAACAACGAGAAAUGAAAAUGGUAGAUACGUCGUCAGACUACCCUUCAACUCGGUUGACCCAGAAUGUCAAUAUGGUAACAUGAUGAAGAUAGCACAAGACAGAUUUAUGUCUUUAGAGAAUAAACUCGCCAGAAAUCCUAAAUUAAGUGAAGAAUAUGCUAAAGUUAUAGAAGAAUGUAAGACAUUAAAUCACAUGAAACCUGUUCCUAAAGACGACAUCGACAAUCCCAAGGCUGUAUACCUUCCACAUCAUGCAGUGGUAAAAGAAGAUAGAGACACGACAAAGGUCCGUGUAGUAUUUGAUGCUUCCUGCAAAGGCGUAAAUGAUGUGUCGCUCAUCGACAACCUUCUUGUUGGGCCUAAGUUACAGCAAGAUUUAAAUAAAUAA